AUGGAUGACCACCUGGAACUAAAACUGGAGAUGGAUUCUGAGGAAAAUUAUACGAGCGUGAAAAACCAGCUUCCACCCAAGAGGCUGCGGGAGUGCUCUGUGCGUCUGAUGAAAGUUGCUAUUAAAUUUCCCCCUCAAAAGUCCAAGAGAGUAAAGAGCAAAAGUGUGGCCAUCAAACCUGGAUUGGACUUGGAUUUGGAUUCUGAUGAGGAAAGAGGCCCCAAAUUCUUAGAGAAAAGAGCCUUAAACAUAAAGGAGAACAAGGCCAUGCUUGCGAAGCUAAUGGCGGAAUUAAAAAACGUCCCUGGUUUUUUUACUGAGAAAAGUCCACUGGCAACUCCUACUCGAAAACCGCAGAAAUCUCCAAGGAGAUCCUUUCCUAGAAGUGCUUUAAGAAGGAAUCCAGAAAGAAGUUCUAGGCCUCACACCAGAUCCAGAUCUUUGAUCGAAGGUCCUCCAAGUCCUGUAUCGGAGAGGGAGGAGGAGGACCCUUACGUCUUAGUGAGGAGAAAGAUAUCUGAUGACUUCUCGGAGGAUGAAUUGGACACCCCGAGGAGACGGCGUUCUGGCGCUAUGACUCUUCCCCACAUUAUCCGCCCAGUGGAAGAAAUAACCGAGGAAGAGCUGAAUAAUAUCUGUGAGACUGCCCGAGAUAAAGUGUACAACCGUGUGAUGGGUUCCACCUGUCAUCAGUGUCGCCAGAAAACUACAGACACCAAGACUAAUUGUCGUAACCCCGACUGCGUGGGAGUGCGUGGCCAGUUCUGUGGGCCUUGCCUUCGCAACCGUUAUGGAGAAGAAGUCAGGACUGCUUUGCUCAACCCAAACUGGCAUUGUAUCAUCACGUUCGCGCAUGAGCCGGAUUCCUCUAGGACCCUGCAAAACCGGCGCCACGAGGCAGCUGCGAUCACGUGA